AUGACGGACGUAGAUAUUGCCUCCAACUCUCACUGGCAAGAAAUUUUGGACACACUUCAACUAUCCAAAUCAGUUGCAGAAAUAGAUACUCAUGAUAUUGAAGGGAAAGAGAUGGUAAGUCUAAAAAUGUGGGAGGCAUUCUAUUAUACUUAUGCAAGAUGGAAAGGUUUCAGUCCUAGAAUUGACGAUACAAAAUCCAGGAAAAGUGAUGGAGAAAUAUACAUUCGACGAUGGGUUUGUAACAAAGAAGGUUUUCGGAACGAGAAAUUUUUGAACAUGCCAGACAGGAAGAAGCGACCAAAAGAAAUAACACGUUGUGGGUGUCAAGCUGCGUUACGAAUCCUUCGGUUACAAAAAACAAAUCUUUGGCGGUGUCAAGAAUUUGUACCAUUUCAUAAUCAUGAUUUGGUAAUACCAUCACAAAUGCAAUUCACUCGGGCAAACCGCGAGGUUCCUGAAGCAGUAGCUGCACAAGUAAUUAGCAUGAAUAGAUGUGGUAUCAAAACUUCUUCCGUUGUAGCACAUAUUGCCCUACAAUCUGGAGGGUAUGACAAUCUUCCUUUCCAACUAAGAGAUGUGUACAACAAAGUGGCUAGUUUAAGAAAGCAAGAGAACAUAUCAAGUGAUGCAGAAGGUACAUUGGGUUUCUUAGACGGCUUAUCAUCAAUGGAUCCUGAAUUUUACGUCGAGUACAAGAUUGAUGACGAAAAUCGAUUAGCAUUCCUUUUUUGGGCUGAUGGUAUGAGUAGAAGAGACUACAUGUUAUUCGGGGAAGCUAUUGCUUUUGAUACAACAUACCGCACCAAUAAGUAUAAUAAGCCAUUGUUGUAG